GAACGGGGGUGGGGGCCUGCGCUUUAUCUUCCUCCGUAGCGCGGCUGGCGGCGUUGCGGGCCGGCGAAGGGACACCCUAACGCAGCGACCCUCCCGCGGCCGCCCAGCCUACCGCCUAGACCGCUGCAGCUGUCCUCCGGUCGCAGGAAGCUCCAUGGUGGGAGAAGAAAUGUCGCUGAGAAACCGGCUGUCAAGAUCUGCUGAGAAUCCUGAGCAAGAUGAAGCCCAGAAAAAUCUCUUGGACACACACAGAAAUGGUCACAUUACCAUGAAACAGUUGAUAGCCAAGAAGAGGCAGUUAGCGGCAGAGGCGGAGGAGCUGAAGCCACUGUUUCUGAAGGAAGUUGGGUGUCACUUUGAUGACUUUGUGACCAACCUCAUUGAAAAGUCUGCAUCUCUGGACAAUGGCGGGUGUGCGCUCACGACCUUCUCCAUUCUUGAAGAAAUGAAAAACAACCACAGAGCCAAAGAUCUGAGAGCACCUCCAGAACAAGGGAAGAUAUUUAUUUCAAGGCGGUCUCUUUUAGACGAGCUGUUUGAAGUGGACCACAUCAGAACAAUAUACCACAUGUUCAUUGCCCUCCUCAUCAUCUUCAUCCUUAGCACACUCGUGGUGGAUUACAUCGAUGAAGGAAGGCUGGUCCUUGAGUUCAGUCUCCUGGCUUAUGCUUUUGGCCAAUUUCCUAUUGUUAUUUGGACAUGGUGGGCCAUGUUCCUGUCUACACUGGCAAUCCCCUAUUUCCUGUUCCAGCGUUGGGCCCAUGGUUACAGCAAGAGUUCCCACCCACUCAUCUAUUCCCUUAUCCACGGCGCAUUCUUCUUGGUCUUUCAACUUGGAAUCCUCGGUUUUAUACCAACAUAUGUUGUCUUAGCAUACACGCUGCCCCCGGCCUCCCGGUUCAUUCUGAUACUUGAGCAGAUUCGUUUGGUAAUGAAGGCUCACUCGUAUGUCAGAGAGAAUGUGCCACGAGUUCUAAAUGCAGCCAAGGAGAAAUCAAGCACGGUUCCGGUACCCACAGUCAACCAGUACCUGUACUUCCUGUUUGCUCCUACACUUAUUUACCGAGACAGCUACCCCAGGACUCCUACUGUAAGAUGGGGUUAUGUUGCUAUGCAGUUUUUACAGGUUUUUGGUUGCCUGUUUUAUGUGUACUACAUCUUUGAGAGACUCUGCGCCCCUCUGUUCCGGAAUAUCAAACAGGAGCCCUUUAGUGCUCGUGUCCUGGUCCUGUGUGUAUUUAACUCCAUCUUGCCAGGUGUGCUGAUGCUGUUCCUCUCGUUCUUUGCCUUUUUGCACUGCUGGCUCAAUGCCUUUGCUGAAAUGUUACGCUUUGGUGACAGGAUGUUUUAUAAGGACUGGUGGAACUCUACGUCGUACUCCAACUACUACAGGACCUGGAAUGUGGUGGUCCACGACUGGCUCUACUACUAUGUUUACAAGGACCUCCUCUGGUUUUUCUCGAAGAGGUUCAAGCCUGCCGCCAUGUUGGCCGUGUUCGCCCUGUCAGCAGUGGUGCACGAGUACGCCCUCGCUGUCUGCCUGAGCUACUUCUACCCAGUGCUCUUCGUGCUCUUCAUGUUCUUUGGAAUGGCUUUUAACUUCAUCGUUAAUGACAGUCGGAAAAGGCCAGUCUGGAACAUCAUGGUUUGGGCUUCUCUCUUCCUCGGCCAUGGAGUCAUUCUGUGCUUUUACUCUCAAGAGUGGUAUGCUCGUCAGCACUGUCCUCUGAAGAACCCUACAUUUCUGGAUUAUGUCCGGCCGCGGACCUGGACCUGUCGGUACGUGUUUUAGAAGCCCUGGCUCCGCCUCCUUUCUUGCCACUGAGGAUUGGAUAUUCUUCCUGAUUCUGAGCCAGCCGUCUCCAGCAGUUACUGAAUACCUAUGCCACGUUGUUUGGAGCUCGCCGGCGUUUCCGAUGGCUCACCUGGAGUUGGGCUGUGGGACCUUCACAUAGUGAUUUUUUUUUUGUUUUGUUCCCUUUGGGGGAGAAAGGAGACCAACAGCUGAAGCGAUGGCAGAUUUUGGCAGGGUUAUCUCAGGUCAAGCCUUGGUAGUUCUGUUUAUUUCUUUGAUUCCGUCCAACCAGAGACUAAACAUAUCUUGGCCAUGAAUUAGCCAGAACACUUAGGAAGCCAUCAUCUCCGUAUCUCUGAACUUAGCUUUAUCAUGCACACUAUCAGGAGGCAAUCAGGUGCAGUUGAGAAGAAAUAAAUUUUGAUAUUUUUGGUAGAGAAGAAAAAUUGCCUAUUUUCCAAAGAUAAUCUUGUUAUGCAUUUUGCUCCUCUCUUUUGUUGCUCUUUUGUUUUGCUUUGUUUUGUGCUGGGAGUGGAACCCAGGGUGUUGCUCAGGGAGGGCACACUGAGCCACACCCUGGCCCUUCCAUUGUAUUUUUCCAAAAGUUCUGGUCUACUGUUCUGUUUUCCACUUUCUGUGUAAGUAGUGAUUCUUUUAAACAGUUAGUGUUCUUUCCCUUGAACUCAACACUCUAGGACAAAUUCAAGGGUCAGAAGUAAGUAGAAAGAGAAAAAAGACAUUUCCUUUUGAAACUUCAAAGGUCAUUUUAAUACAGGCUCUCUGAGCUGGCCAUGUGUUUUUAAUUAUUCUAUCAUAGAAGUUCUGUGGAAGAUUUUAUUGUUGGUUUUUUGAUUUUGGUUUUAUAGAGGUGGGAAUCUUGCUAUGUAGCCCAGGCUGGUCUUGAACUUGCUAUGUAGUCUGGCUGGCCUUGAACCCCGACCUCUGCUCCUGUCUCCGAAGUGCUAGGAUUACAGAAGACAUCUCCAUGUCUGGCCAAGAUUUUUUUAAAAAAACUUUUAGGUUAUAACUUCUUUGAAGUUACUUAGAAGUAUCCUUUGGUACAAUUGCUUUGUCUAAUGUGUAGUGACUUUCCUUGUUCUAGACUAGUGAGUCCAUAGUGGAAGUACUGAUCUCUACUGACAAUACUAAAAUGGCCACUAAGGAUCCAGAAGCUGGCUUCUGAAACGUCUGCUCAGUCAUUAUACUUUAACAGUAUAUUUUUAGAUGAAAUAAAUUACUAUGUGAUCAUUUGUAAGGACAUGUACUCAUUAUGGGACAUUUGCACAUUGUGAGGUGCCCGUUCCUCACCUGGUGUGUCAGACGGACCUGCUGUGUUUGUGUGCAAGGCAAGCCUAUGUGUGUGAGGAUUGUGCAUCAGAAGGAUAUCAUAGACCAGGUAGUUCAACCUCCUGCCUAAAGCAAUGAGCCUUAAAAGUCGCUCACACUCAAAAUCCCAUGGCACAGUCACGUCGGUGGUUUCCUGGCAACUAUUCAGACAGUUUUGGGAAGUCUUCUCAGAGUGGCUUUAAACAUCACUGAGUCUCACAAGAAGCUCUGUGGAUAGUCACUCUCCCUUAGGACCGAGUCUCUCCAAGCUUCUUACCUGCUUCCUUGACCACAGCUGGAGAUAAGGUGUGGCUGUUUCUGUCCAUUCCACCAUCCUCAUCAGUUCUUUGUUCCCCAACACUAAUGUUCUGUGCUAUCACAGAACCAUAGUCCCUCAAUAAUCUGUGAAUGGAGCCUAUGAAGUCCUGGCUUGUGUCUUAAAGAUUAAAACAAGCUGGUCACUUUUAUGUGUGAUGGCAUUUUAAAUGUGAGGAGGGAGCAGACUGGCCUGGGACUCGGUUAUAAGCCAGGCUUCUGAAAUAAGGGGGUGGGAUUUCAGGGGGUCCCUGUCUUUGAAGGACUAUGUAUGCAUUUUCAGGAAAGGGUGUUACUUUGUAGCAGUUAUACAUUCCAAUUUGUUGGACUGAAUAUGGCCGCCCUCCCACCUCACCUGCUCUUUUUUGAGAUAAGACCUUUCUCCACAGCCAGGCUGGCAUGGGUGGACCACACAUCCUCCUGCCUCAGCCUCCUCAGGUGCCAGUGUUUAUAAAGCCUGUGCUGCCACAGAAGGCCUCUUAUAGGAAUUCUUUUCCUGUUAAGAUUUUAGAUGAUAAUAAUGUGUGUAAGCCUGCAAACUACUUAGAAUUCAGAGAGCGUCUUAGGAAAACCUCAAAAAAUACAAAACCCUAAACGAGGUGGCCACUUCUGUGAAAGAAGACUGGUUGGCAGCCAUGGCCACAUUGCUGACUGGAGUCUUUCUUUCAAACCACGGCUAGACUCUUUAAAAAGAAAAUAAAACCAAAACCUCUUGCUAAUAGUGUGUUCCAAGCGGGCUUGUUCAUUGUUCACUGUAUGCCAACGGGAGAAAGUUGUGUUCUGUUAAAACAAUUUGUCUACAAAGUAGGGGAUUUAGUGUUUUCUGUAAGUAUUUAUGAUAACCGUGACUUUAAACGACCAUGCAAGAAAACUACUGUGUGCUCAGUAUUUCCCUUUGCACUUGGAUGUCUGCUUCGACUUUUAUUACUUCCGUGUUGGAUUAUUCCCAGUCUCAGAUAAGAGGGAGAGGGAGCAAGUUUAGGGUUUUUGUGUUGGUGGACGAAUGUAUUAAAAUUGCCUGGGUAAUGUC